AUGGGAAAAGUAUCCGAAAAAAGUGAUAUAGAUUUCGAUUCAAUAGCCAAAAUGUUGUUGAUUAAAUAUAAGGAUUUAAUACUGUCAAAAUUCAAGAAAACUGUACCUAUAGAAAAUAUAAAGUUUCAGAAUUUAAUUCGUUCAAACCAAUUCGCACAAGGAGUCCUAGGGCAAAGUCAACACCUCUGUUCAGUCUAUGAAAAUCCUUCAUGGCAUUCUAUAGUCCUGGAGGCAUUGGAUCUAGAUCUUAUAUAUAAAAAUGUUGAUAAGGAAUUUGCAAAAGAUGGGCAUGCAGAUGGGGAAAGUGUGUACUCAGAUUAUCUAGUAAAGGAGCUGCUUCGCUACUUCAAACAAGAUUUUUUCAAAUGGUGCAACAAACCAGAUUGCCACCAUUGUGGGCAGAAUACUUCAGAAAAUAUGACAUCUCUGGGCAAUCAGGGGCCCGAUGCAGAGGAAUCUAAAUUCAAUUGCGGGACUGUUGAAGUUUAUAAAUGCAAUAAAUGUGGAAAUGUGACUAGAUUUCCUCGUUAUAACGAUCCAAUUAAGUUGCUAGAAACAAGAAAGGGUAGAUGUGGUGAAUGGUGCAACUUAUUCACUUUGAUUUUGAAAUCGUUCGGAUUGGAUGUUCGCUACGUCUGGAAUAGAGAAGAUCACGUUUGGUGUGAAUAUUAUUCAACUUAUUUGAAUAGAUGGAUUCACGUCGACUCUUGUGAGCAAUCAUUCGACCAACCAUACAUCUAUUCAGUCAACUGGAACAAGAAAAUGAGUUACUGUAUUGCAUUCGGCAAAAAUGGCGUUGUUGACGUUAGUAAACGCUAUAUUCUUCAAAACGAACUGCCCAGAGAUCAAAUUAAGGAAGAAGAUCUAAAAUUUCUGUGUCAGUUUAUAACUAAGAGGUUGAGGUCUUUGUUAAACGAUGAUGAGAUAUACCAACUUGCAUGUCGUGAUGAACAGGAACAGAUAGAGUUGAUUAUGGGAAAGGCACAAGAAAGGGAAGUCGAAAACAUUAGUGCCGUUUCAAAAACAUCUAAUCACGGUAGAGAAAGUGGAUCCGCCGACUGGAAGGCACAGCGGGGGGAGGACGGUAAAUAG